AUGGUGCGCCUUACACUCAUAGCUCGUGUGCACGAUGGCCUUCCACUCGCCGAGGGCCUGGACGGGGAGAAGGACAGGGACUUGGAGACAUACAAACACCAGGCCAAGACACUCUUCAAAAGGAUGGCGAAAGAAAACCCUGCAAACAGUAGGAUGUCAGUGGACAGUGGCCCCUUUGUGUUCCACUACAUCAUCCAAGGCGGAGUCUGCUAUCUCACACUCACAGACAAGAGUUACCCAAAGAAGCUGGCAUACCAAUAUCUGGAGGAGCUGCAGAGUGAGUUCACCGGCCUGUAUGGCUCACAGAUCGAGUCUGCUGCGCGGCCAUACGCUUUCAUCAAAUUUGACACAUUCAUCAGCAAGACGAAGAAGCUGUACAUGGAUACGCGGACGCAGCGCAACAUCUCCAAGCUCACCGAGGAUUUGAGCGAGGUGCACAACAUCAUGACGCGCAACAUCGCCGACGUACUUGGCCAGGGAGAGCGCCUAGACAGAAUGUCCCAGAAGUCUGCGCAGCUGACGUCGGAGUCAAAGCAGUACGCGCAGCGGUCAAAGGACCUGUAUCGACAGGCACUGAUACGAAAGUACAUGCCUGUUGCGGUAAUCAUCGGGGUGCUGGUCUUUGUGUUGUGGGUGCGGUCGUAUUUCUAUGGCCGCCGAUGAGUCUACCAGAGGCACUUUCUGAGUGCAGUCGGCAAGUGAAAUCCUGCCUGAGCCAUCAACAUGUCCGGCUUGUUUCAGCACUUUAACGGUGAGGCGGUGUUGAAGUGUUAUCAAUUACUCUUGGUCUAGAAUGGAACAGUAGAAAUGCAUCUGACUGGCAGUUGCCUGAAGGCUGCUCAGGCACUAAGUUUAAACACGAUGAAGCGAAACUCAUUAGCUUGCGCAAGCAUGAUAGGAGAUUUUCUGCCCGGCAUCUGCAGUGUCGCGCAUAUCUAUACUGGAAGGUCUGUGACAUAGGCUGUGUUGCUUGAUAUAUCAGCAUUGCUUUGCGCCGCAAAGUUUGUGGCCAUCCAGGGGCGCUCCGGUCGGCUGCCAGCCAGUGUUGACAAUUUUCAUUGUGAAGUGCGAGCUAAAUCAUCAGCAAAUUAUAGCAGAUUGGUUGCUAAGGAAGUGUGAACAUUAAAGAGCAAAAAAAUGAAUUCCAAGAAACGGGGUCCUGGUUUUGUUGUUCUGGUGCCAUGCAUGUGCAUGUGCUCAAGUCUAGACUUUAGUAAAUCCACCUGUAAUGUACUAAUACGUUG